AUGCCGACGCGCUCCGGGAGAAGAGUUCCAUCCAUUCUAAUUCCAGUUGCUGUCAUCAUGGUAUUUCUCGGCCUUCAAUUCCAUCUCCAGUGGGAUUGGCCCUCUUACAUCACCCAAUCGAUCAAGAAGCCACCAGCAGCCGGAAUCGUCGUGGCAAGCCUCCGGAGCGAGGACACCUCCUGGGUACACCGCCAUCUGCCAAACUGGUCGCGCAGCGUCUACAUCGUAGACGACCCCACCGCCGAGUUCACCGUCCCCAAGAACAAAGGCCGCGAGGCCAUGGUAUAUCUAACCCACAUCAUCAACACCUACGACCACCUCCUCCCGGCCACAAUCUUCAUCCACGCCUCCCGCUUCGCCUGGCACAACGACGACCCCGACUACGACGCCCUCGCCACGCUGCACCAUCUCCAGCUCCCCCACAUCCAGUCCGCCGGCUACGUCAACCUGCGCUGCGUCUGGGUAUUAGGCUGUCCCGUAGAAAUCCAUCCGCACGCCGACGCCGCCCCCUCCACCGACCUCACCCCCGGUGAUGGUGGUGCGGCGGAUGGCCGCAAGCUAACGACCAAGGAGGUGUUCAAGCGGGCGUUUGAGGAGCUGCUGCCGGGCGUGGAGGUUCCCCGCGAGGUGGGGGUCGCGUGUUGCUCGCAGUUUGCGGUGUCGCGGGAGGCGGUGCGGGCGAGGCCGAGGGAGGAGUAUGUCCGCUGGCGGGAGUGGUUGGUGCAGACACCGCUGGGGGAUGACUUGUCGGGGAGGGUGUUGGAGUAUAUGUGGCAUAUUAUUUUUGGGAAGGAAGCGGUCUUUUGCCCGUCGGCGGCUGAGUGUUACUGCAACCUGUACGGGUUGUGUGAUUUGAGCUGCAAGGAGAAUGGGUGCGACGGCCGGUAUGUCUUGCCGAAGUAUGCGACUUUGCCUGAGGGCUGGCCAAGAGUGGGCUGGUCUGGGGAGGAGAGGAACUUUACCGGUCCGGAUUGA